AUGGACGGUGAGGCUCCAAUUAUUGAUCCUAGGCAAUCUGAAAUAGAACAGAAGCGUAUGGAUAUAGCUUGCAUAAAGCGGAAUCUGGAGAUGAAUCGCAUGCCGCUGAGUGAAACUAUAGUAGCCAUAAGUAAUCACUGUUUUGAAAAUGCACAAUCCGACCCGCUACUAUUCCCACCCAAAGACAAUCCGUACAAACCCAAACGCACGUGUUUUGCUUCCUAUUCGCCCCAACUAGAUAACGAUUCCAGCCUUUCGAUUCCGUUACUGUUCCUAUCGGUUAAAAUCAAUGUGAACAUUAGCGGACACAGCGAUUCACGCGUACCAACCCACUGA